ACAUCGUCGCUCAGCAUUGACGGCUUUUUUUCCCCGGUAGGGUCUGACAGUCAACAAGCCAUGUGCAAAUCUUAUUUGACAGGUCCUAGAUGUAACCCACCAGACAAUCUAUAGAUGCUAGCCGCAAUGCCGAUGACGCUUACAAUACCCUUUCCAGAGUGAAAAGUACUCUAUAGACAUUAGAAAGGGAUAAUACCCAUGUCUCACAGUGUUCGUAUGAUUACUUCCCAAACUGUCUGUUUAUUUAAUAUCGUAUAAUAGGUUAGCCCACUUGACCUGGAAUGAGAUGGUUUCCUUCUUUUAUAGAUUGUGGUGUCCCCCACGAAGUUUCUCUGGUCAACCUUGACAUUGUUUCUUUAUUCCUCUGGCUUCCUUGAGGCCGUCCGAUCGUUAUUUGAUUUUUGUAAUGGGGUUUCUUAACUUUUGCUGUUGCUUAGUCGGCGAGCUUUCGUUAACCGCACAAAAUGGCAACUCUCUUUGGGGCACGCUCCUAGCCCAAACCCUUCCACCAUUUAUGCUUGGGAAUGGAGGAUUCAACGUUAUCCCGUGGGGCGAUAGGGGGGUUGGGUCGAGCAAUCCCUAUACUGAUGCACCGCACACCGGUAUAACGCGCAGAUACGAGUUCAACGUCAGUCGAGGUAUAAUCGCGCCAGAUGGAUAUCAGAAAGACGUGCUGCUUGUUAAUGACCAAUUUCCCGGACCGCUGGUUGAGGCCAAUUGGGGUGAUUAUAUCGAGGUGAAGGUCACAAAUUCCAUCAACGACGGACCACCGGAAGGGACAGCGAUUCACUGGCACGGUUUCUUGCAAACAGGGACGCCGUGGAUGGACGGCGUUCCCGGUGUUUCUCAAUGCCCAAUUGCCCCUGGGAAAAGCUUCACUUACAAAUUCCGAGCCGAGCUAUACGGUUCAUCUUGGUAUCAUUCCCACUAUUCCGCUCAGUACGCAGGUGGGCUCUUCGGCCCUAUUGUCGUCCAUGGUCCAAGAAAUGCGGACUACGACGUCGAUCUUGGCCCGGUCAUGGUUAACGACUGGUCACAUAGAGACUAUUAUGCGGUCGUCCAAGAGAUUAUGGGUCCUGGUUCUAACGGACUGACUUCCUCAGACAACAACCUAAUCAAUGGAAAGAUGAACUUCGACUGUUCUACCGUGGACGCCGAUGAUGAGACGCCUUGCACAGAUAAUGCCGGGCUAUCGAAAUUUAUCUUCACACCCGGCAAGACUCACCGUCUUCGAUUCAUCAAUUCUGGCGCGGAGGGUACCCAGCGCAUCUCCAUCGACGGACAUAACAUGACGGUUAUAGCCAAUGAUUUCGUCCCGAUCAAGCCCUAUGACACGCAGGUUAUCACUCUCGGUGUUGGUCAGCGAACCGAUGUGAUUGUGCACGCUCAUGCCGACCCAGGAUCCGCAUUUUGGUUAAGAGCGAAUAUGACAUCUUGUUCCAGCACGAAACAGCCAUUAGCGCUCGCUGCUAUCUAUUACCAAGGCGCCGAUAAUAUUUCUGUUCCAGACAGUACGCCAUGGGACGUUCCAGAUCCAGGCACCUGCGAGAAUGACGACUUGGCACUUACUGUACCUUCUUACCCCAUAGCUCUACCCGAGCCGUCAUGGACCCAACAUAUGGACGUCAGCGCAUACAUUAAUUCGACUGGUAGCUUUCUCUGGGAAUUCGGUGGCGUCGCCGCGAGGGUGGAUUAUAACAACCCAACUCUUCUCCAGGCUCGUCGCAAAGGUGGCUUUGAGUAUACAGCUGAGUCUAACCUGAUAAACUACGGGACAAAUUCAUCCAUUCGGAUUAUAGUUAAUAAUCCCGCACAGUCGGCCCAUCCGAUACACGCGCACGGUUUGCAUAUGUAUGUCCUCGCAACCGGACCUGGUAACUACACCGAAAACGCGCUAUCGAACCUCAAUACGAAAAAUCCCAUGCGUCGCGAUGUACAAAUGGUCGGUGCCUACAGCUACGUCGUUGUGCAGCUAGACGCAUCCAAGAGUCCCGGAAUCUGGCCCUUUCACUGCCACGUCGCCUGGCACUCAUCUGCCGGCUUCUUUUCACAGAUGCUGUUCAAGCCAGACGAGUUGCUUACCCAUCAAUAUGACAUUCCACACGAUGUCAGCCAGACUUGUCGUGACUGGAACGACUUCACCAAUGGCGUCGUCCCGAAUCAAAUCGAUAGUGGGUUGAAAGCGAGAGCGGAGACUGUGAAGCAAGAAAGAAGCGCUACCUUAUUGCGAUGAGCGUUGCAGCGAUAUAAGUGCUUCAACUUUAAUCAACUAGUUGUAUUCUUCGGGCUAAUAUCCGAAGAAACAUCCCUACGCUUUCUUUGUUUACAUAUUGCAUAAUGGCGGCGUCGGGAUCAGAUAAGGGGCUUAAAUACCUCCAUGGUGUGUCGGAUAUUGGAUAAUGGUUAAUGCCAGCACACAGUAACGAAUGGUCUUCGAUGUAAAUAGUUCUUCGCAACUACACGAGCGUCGAGCGAAUGCCUGAAAGAUUAUACAUGUAUCUAAACUUCAGCAACAAUGC